AUGUCGGGAGAAAAGAAGGUGCUUUACCUGAUGCGCGGAGUGAAAGAGCAGCCGUUCGGCGGUCUCCUGUACUACACGACGAUGCUGUACGCGUUCUACAGAGUGUACGAGUCGACCGGAGGCAAAGCGUUUGACGGGGCAGCCGAGGUCCGCGCGGCUCCUGGCGACCUGAGCCCACACGGUGGUCAUCCAACAACCAGGCCACAACGUAGCAUCCGGCAGCCAGAGAUUGACCCGGCUAUCUUCCGUGACCCGACGCCGAUCUUUCCAGCUAGUGGCCUGUCUCCCUUUGCUCCGUCACCCAUGCACCCGCAGAUGUACCCUGGGCUUUCACGCUUCAUUAUCACGCCACUACCGGUGUCGCCCAACCAUCUUACGCGGCCAUAUGCCUACCCGUCGCCCAUGGGGGCCGCGUCCCUAUCGCCAGACCGAAUCCCCGCUGGACCCGGCUUUCCUCCGACCCAACAACGUCUGACGUACAGCGGUCCAAUACCCAACGCCCUGACGCCUAGCACGCCAACACCCAUCGCCCAGACGACGUCUCGCGGUUCGACGUCUAGUAGGGGGACGACGUCCAGCGCGUCUCGGAGUGGCGAUGCGCGAGCCCCGCAGACGCUCGAAACGGCGUCAAUGGCCUCGAGGACUCCGACAGCAAGUGGCGCGGUUUCCACAGCGCCGGCGACGUCGUACCAGCGGUCUACCCCCGGUGGUCCGAUAACCCCACUGCCUAACGUCGCUGUGGACCGCGCGGCCAUCGGCGUCAACACCGCGCCAAGCGAGCAGGAAGUGCCCCCUUCCCGCGUCAUGAAGGCGCGACGCCCGGUCCCGCCUUCUCCUGUGGGGACUCGCAAAAGCAAGAAACACCGUUGA